AUCACCCCACGAGGCCACGAACCCUUUAGCUCCCCGUCAUAAUCUUCCCCAAUUCGUAACUGAGGCAAAAAUCAAGGUAGGGCGGCCGCCCUACCUUGCCCUACCGGGUCCUCCGCCCGUGAUGUACACCCUUGCACCGCUGUAGCCCCUGCCUAACUCACUUGAAUUGUUCUGCAAGUUUUGUUUCGUUCUCUUGCUUUGCAGUGAUCAAUCUAAUCUAAAUUUCCCCUUCCGAGAUGGAUAUUGGGUACUACAAUCCUCUAGUUUGCUGCGACGUUUAGUACUAAACUACUAAUAGGUUUGUCUACCCCAAAAAAAUUUGGGGUUCAACUGAUAUCUCACAACCCAUUACGUCCACCCUUGUUUGAAUGACUCCACUGUAUCUUAGAUAUUAACUGAUAUUCUCUGUUUCUCAGUUUGUAUACAUUGUCCGACAAUAAGCACAAGGACAUACUGUUAUGACCUAGUAUUAAGAAUAUACCAGAUACUCCCUCCGUCCCAUAUUAAGUGACUUUCUAUUACAUGUAUCUAGACGCUUUUUAGGCAUAGAUACAUUCAUAUUUGGACAAAUUUGAGUCACUUAAUAUGAGACGGAGGGAGUACAAGCUUUUAGUUAUUGUUUGUCGGUUGCAUAUGAAGCAUAUCGUGAUGUCAGUAUUUCUGGUAGAGUAUCGUAUUAGCAUGCUUGCUUUGCACCAACUCUGUAUUGCCAUAUCCAAAUAGCAUAUAUACAUGCCCCAUGUUUCAUGUUUGUGCAAGGCACUGCCGAUCUGACACUAGAAAUAGGAGCAUUCUCUCUAAACUUAUGGUUUGUUUUGUAUAGUAUAGUAUCCCUCAAUAAGAGCUUCUCUUAAGAUGGGAGAAUGCAAACUUGUGGUCUAAAGGCAGCCAAGCGCCCAAGCCUAUCCAAUUAAGCAGCGGGGGACCCAGUCGGGUGUUCGUGUGGGGCACGCCCCACCCAAUAAUUUUUGGAAUCCAUUUUUAUGAAUAGAAAUUAUCAAAAAAAUUAAGGAAAAAUAAAACAGAACUGUAUUUGCACCACCUAUACCUCCACCUGAUAUUAAAGCCUAGUAUUUGCCCCACCCAACAUUCAAAACCUGGGUCUGUCACUGCAAUUAAGGAACAAACCUCGUUCUUCAUAGCUACUUUAGUUACUACUGCUAGCUUGCUAUUUAAAUUAUCAAACGUGUACAGUUCUAUGUACAUUGAACGAAUUGCAUUCUCCUGGUUACUGGGAGUUACUACCUUAUACUCCGUACAUUCCAAAUAUUGAACGAGCCAAAGAACCACAACUCAGUCAAAAUCCGGUACGCAAUACUUGUUUAUUAGAAGUAUGUAUACAACUCCGUGGAAACAGAUGGUGAGAUAAGGACAUUUUACCAUCAUUGGCACAUAAAUAUUUCAUCUUCAUGUCUUUUAUUGAUCUGCCAAGGGCACUUGUGGUUAGAUGCAUUACGAGAUCCAUUCAUGCAAUGUUUAGCCAUUAAAAUGUGUUCGACUGCUAAUGCAGAAUAACACUGAAAUUUGCCUCCAUGCUUAACAGUAUUCGCUACAUAGUGGUCAAACAGUAUUCUUGGUUUAAAGUUGUAUUUUACAACCGGCUGCAGUGCUAUUUCUUUGCAAAAACUCUCUCCUGCCAUCUCUGUACAUAAAUUGAUGAGUUUCUUGAACGAUUAGCAAUAUUGAUUUUGGGUAAUCGGCUCUGAGUUGUUUGAUACAUCAGGCACUUUAGUUGUUGUGUUCCAUCCAAUUGGAGAACCAGGCCAGUAUAUAAGGCAAAAUGUAUGUGUUUGGUAAUAGCUGGCACUAGUUAUUCUUGCAAAGUUUUACUAGAUCAUAUCUAGCUUGUCCUGUCUGUGUGACAUUGUUUGCUAUGCUUAACUGAAAAAUUAGACGUGUUCAUCUUUGCUCACUCUAGGUUCCAUGCAUUUGUAGAAAUCAGGCUAAUAUCUAUUGCAAAAUUUAUCCACAGUUAGAUGCUAACAGCUGGCACUGACUAUUCUUGUUUUACUGAGAAACUAGACUCUUUGUUCAUAUGUGAUUAUUGUCCAUAACAUGCUUUUGCUGCUUUAUUAUUACUCAUCUAUCUUCUACUUGGAGUCUGAGACUGAUGUGAUAAAAUAACUAUUGAUAUUGCAUGCAUUCUCAAUUUGGUGACUUUUAUUCGAAUUACGCAACACUCAUAUUGCUUCCCUGCUUCCCUGCUAAAUUAAAGUACACAAAACAUCCAUGACCUAAAAGCUUAAAUCAGUUGAAAUUUACCUUUUACUUUUGCCAUGCUAUGGAUAGUAUAUGUGAAAUUAGCUUGUUCUUGAAAUGUGCUGAGGUGUAUCAUACAUGUGCAAUGUUAUAAGCAAAAAGAUACUCCCUCCAUCCAAAAGUACAACAGCAAAUCCAAAUUUGAGAAAUCCAAGAAUAAAUUGACAAGUUGAUCCUUGAGCACUCAUCACACAUCCCUAUUUCCUCGUUGCCAAAUUGAUUCUUAAUUGCUCCUCUAGUCAAUAUUGCACUGCAGUUGGCCUAGUGGGAAAUUUACUUGGGAGUAAAACUCAUAGACUUCAGCGUCCUUCUCGGGAGAAGUUUUCCUUGUUCCCUCAAUCCUCAAAUUUUUCCUUGUAUUUUUGGAUGGAGGGAGUAUAUAGUAAAACCCAGAAGAUUGUAAAGCAGUUCAUUCGAUUCCGUUAUUGUAUACAGAUCCCUUAUCCCAGUUUUCUGAAGAAAUGGCAAGAACUCCGAGAGAUCGCAACCUAUCAAGCCGGCAUCCUAGGUCAUCUCCUUCUGCUGUACCUUCGGGCUACCAGAAAGCAAAAACAUCAGCUAAGCAAAAUGAUUUGCAGUUAACCUCAGAGAAAAAGGAUUGGAAACAUGCCACUUGCCCAAUAUGCUUGGAGCGUCCACAUGAUGCUGUCCUCCUCCUGUGUUCUUCACACACCAAAGGUUGCCGACCAUACAUGUGUGGCACCAACUAUCAUCAGUCUAAUUGUCUUGAACAGUUUAAAAAUGCUUAUUUGAAGGAGAAACCAGCACAUGAAGUCGCCACCGCAGCAGCAGCAGCUAUCAAGAAGCCAAAGGAUAUGGAACUUGCUUGCCCUAUCUGCCGUGCGGAAGUGAAAGGGUGGACAGUUGUUGAACCAGCCCGGCAAUUCCUCAAUCGCAAGAGGAGAACUUGCAUGCAUGAGGAUUGCUCAUUCAUUGGAUCUUAUAAGAAACUCUGCAAGCAUGUGAAGGCCAAUCAUCCUUCAUCAAAACCUCGUGAAGUUGAUCCUGUCCGUUUAGCUGAGUGGAAGGAGCUUGAAAGUGAAAAAGAUAGGCAAGAUGCGAUCAGCAUAGUCACAGGCUUGAAUCCAGGAUCUAUAAUUGUUGGGGACUAUUUUGUUGACCCCAACAGUGGCAGCAGCGACUACUCUAUGGAUACUUCUGAUUGGAGUGAUAGCUCUGAUUCUUAUGGUGAUAUUGAAUCUCUACGAAGAGUAGUUCGUAGAGCUCAUAGGAUAAAUGGGGAAAGACCAAGGCUAAAUGUUCCAAAUAGAGCACUUGGUAAUUCUGGCAUUCGGCGUAGUGGUCUAGCCAUCUCUAGAAGCAAUGCAAGGCGUAGUGGUCUAACCAUCUCUAGAAGCAGUGGAAGGGGUUGUGGGUUAACUAGAACCAGAGGAAGGCGUAGUGGUUCCACCGGAGGUAGAAGGCAACGGGUUGAUUCUGCUCCGUCAGCAAGAUCCACAAAUGACAGCUAAGAAGUGGAAGCAUUUUGUGCUUAAGCACGCAAUCAAUAUACCAGGAAGCAGAGAGCAGCAGCAGUAUUCUGAGAGCUGGUGCCUGGUGGCAUACUCAUGAAGUGGCUUUAGUUAGUUUGUUUUCUGCUCCGGCCAUAUAGGAUGAGAUUUAAAGGAUUUCUUUUCUCUUUUGCUGUGUUGGGCAAUUUUACUUUCUCCGGUGAAUGCACCGCUGGAUCUGCGAAUGACUUUUCUUUAUCAAACAGGGUAUAUGAUAGGCAAAAGCUGGUUUAGCCGUUGGGUGUAAUUAUUGUCUGCUACACCCUAGUCCCUCCGUCCUCUUACGGUGUGGGGGCCCAUGCAUCUUGAAAUUCAGUUUUGACAAUUAACUACUAGAUGAAUAAUAUAUGGUCUGUAUACCAUAAAAAAUUAUAUCA